AUGGUGCUUAUUUCGAGUUACGUUAUUCCAAUUUAUGCAUUUCUACUCACUGGGACAUGGAUCCCUCCUGGUGAAGAUCCAAACUCCUUCGUGAACAAAUUAGCAAAUGAGGCAUGCACCAUGAAUGACGUAACACCAAUGCUUAGUUUCUCAGGAUCACUUCCGGGGCUUACCAUACUCAUGGGCCAGUUUGCCAUGGACCAUAACGCAUUGUUUCUUUGUGAGAGACGAAAGAACGAGACGGAAUUGGAGAUGAUGCAAUCGGGCGAUUAUUUGUUUGAGGAGAUGACUGCUACCAUCUUUAGAUCGUUCGGUUUGGAUGCAGCAUUUUUUAAGGAGCUCUUCCGUUAA